UGCCAAGUAUCUGAGCCCAGUAAUGGAUUUGACCAAAAAACGAAGAAGAAAAAAAAGAGUGAAAGAAACACAACCGGAUGAAGAGAUGAUGAAAUGAAGAAAUGAAGGAAUGAAGGAAAUGGUGGAUUACCGAUCGGAAGUAGGGAAGCCGGUGGUAGUGCUAAUAUGCGGAAGCUUAGUCUAUUACCACUGCGCCCACCGCAACUCCAGCCUCCUCUCUCUCGUCUCCGACGUCUUCAUCGUCCUCCUCUGCUCACUCGCCAUUCUCGGACUCCUCUUUCGCCAAAUGAACGUCUCGGUACCAGUGGAUCCACUUGAGUGGCAGAUUUCGCAGGACACUGCUAAUAGCAUUGUUGCGUGGUUAGCCAAUACCGUAGGAGCAGCUGAGUCUGUAUUGAGGGUUGCGGCCACAGGGCAUGACAAGAGGUUGUUUUUCAAGGUAGUGUUUAGUCUCUACAUGCUAUCGGCUUUGGGACGGUUGAUUUCAGGUCUUACAGUUGCCUAUAUUGGACUAUGCUUGUUUUGCCUUUAUAUGGUUGCGGAGAAUAGUGAGUCAAUCAGUGCAUGUUUGUCUCGAUUUCUGAGGAGAACAACUGAUCUAACCGAGGAAGAUGCUGCUGAGAGUGAUACUGUACAAAUUGUUGAUUAAAUGACACUAUUGCUGAAUAAAUGCUGGUUUUUGCUACAA